GAUUUGUGUUAUCUUCUCGGUUCGGCUGUGAUAUACCGCGCCAUGUCUGCCAUCAUCACGUUUGUCGGGGACGACCUGAACUCCACAUUUGCUCUAGUUCAAGCGCUGAAUCGUAUUCUGCUGACCCAACCGGGCUUGCACGAGUUCCGUAAUCAUUUGCGUACCAUCAAUGCAGAGGUGAGGUUACAACUGGACUCACUGGAUGUGGCCAGUUUCCCAACACGCAUUGCACUUCGCAUUACGGAAUCGAGAAGUGGACCAAAGGCUCUUUCCGGAAUAAGAUAUUUAAUGUACUAUGGAAAGUCUCCAUGA